UUUCAUUUUACGCCAAACCCAUCUCAGCCAGAUUAAAAAUCUCUCAGCUCUCGUGCAGUUCAUCCUUGUGGUCUGCAGCCUUCGUGCCGGAGAAGGAGCUUUGGUAAACCACAGCGAUAAACAAUCUCUCCGCCCCCGUACAGUUCACUUUGCAUGAUAUCCAGUGCUUACAUGCCUUCAAAGGAGCUCUGGUAAACCACCUGUGUCUCAGGAAAUUAGAAUCAUGGAAUCGUCUAGACAGACAACAGCUUGUAGUUUGGCAGUCACUCAUUUCAUCCCCAACGUGCCGAGUCAUAAAAAACCAUAUAUUGGGAUGACAUUCGAAGACUUGGACGAGGCCUAUAAAUUUUACAAUAGUUAUGCUUAUUUGGCUGGGUUCAGUGUGCGCAAAGAUAACUUGAAGAAAUGCAAAGACGGGACAGAUAAGAGUAGGGUUUACCUUUGUUAUAAAGAGGGUGCUGAAAAAAAUCCAAUGCAAGAGGUUGACACGGAACGAUGUAGAUAUAAUAUUCGUACUGGGUGUAAAGCCAUGCUUGGUGUUUCUAAAACCAGAAAUCAGGAAGUGUUUAGUGUUUAUCGAUUUGAUGAAGUGCAUAAUCAUUGUUGUGAAACCCCAAGCAAGGUUCACUUGCUCAAAUCUCAUCGUACCGUGUCAGAUGUCAAAAAGAAGCUUUUGUCAAGCCUACAAUCAAACAAUAUCUCAAUCUCUCAAGCUAUGGGUGUAUUCAUGGCUGAAUCUAGCGGUGUGGGUGAUGUUGGAUUUCUAGAAACAGAUUUGAGAAAUUAUGUUAGAGAUGAAAGUGUGAAAGUUAAGGGUCAAGACGCCCAAUUAUUUGUCGAACACUUCAUAUUAGAAAAAGAGCACAACCCAUCUUUUUUUACAAGGUUAGAAAAGAUAGUGAAAACAAGCUUGAAUUAGCAUUUUGGGCCGAUCCUACAUGUCGGCGCUCCUAUCACUACUUUGGUGAUACAAUUGUUGUUGAUGCAACAUACAACACAAAUACGUAUGGCUUUCCCGUCACUCCAUUUGUUGGAGUAAAUAAUCAUUUUCAAACGGUGUUGUUUGGGUGUGCAUUCAUGAACAAAGAAAAUUGUGAAUCUUAUGUUUGGAUCUUAAAAGCCUUUUUGGAAGCAAAGCCUGGCCCUCCACCAAAUGUUAUUAUCACUGACCAAGAUCCAGCUUUAGCCAAAGCCAUUAAUUUUGUGCUGCCAAACAUCUACCACCGCUAUUGUAUGUGGCACAUUAUUCGUAAGAUCCCUGAGAAGGUGGGUGGUGUAAUAAAUUCUUUGGAUGGUUUCAAUAGAAUUUAUGGUAUUAUAAAAUAUUCCGAGACACCAUAUGAAUUUGAAGCGGAAUGGAAAAAGCUUGUUAAUGAGGUUGGGUUGGAAGAAAAUGAAUGGAUUUCUUACAUGUUUCAAGUUCGGGACCAUUGGGUUCCAGCUUAUUUCAAGAAUGUAUUCGCAGCUUGUAUGUCAUCCACUCAAAUAAGUGAAACAACACACUCUUUCUUGAAGAAAUAUGUGUACAAGGGGUGCGGUUUCAAUGAGUUUGUUACUCGUUUUGAUAGAGCACUGUCAAGACAGAGGGAGCGUGAGAACCAAAUGGAUCACAAGGAUAGAAAUGGGCGUCCUAAGCUUCAAUAUGGGACUCAAGUGGAGUUACAAAUGGCAAAUACAUAUACAUCAACCAUGUUCCGGGAGUUUCAAAUAGGACUGCAUAACUGUUUCACAUACAGUUUGGAUGAGAAUGUGGAAGAGGGAGAUAAUAUUGUUUUCAAGUUAACUUACAGAGGUGUCUCCAACGACAUUGAAAUAAAGAGAAGUCGUGUAGUGCAUUUCAACCGUUUGACACAAAUUGGUAGUUGUUCGUGCAAGCAGUUUGAGUUUAUGGGUAUACCAUGUGCACAUUUAUUAAGGGUCCUAGAUGGUAUGAAAAUAUACGACAUCCCUAGUUUUUACAUUAUGGACCGUUGGAAGAAAGGUCCAAGAAGAGAAAUUGUAAGGGAUCAGUCAGGCAAUGAGAUAAGAGAAGACCGCAAAAGAGAGUUCACUGGGGG